AUGGCUACCUUCUCUAGUACUCCCACUACUGCUGCUGUUGCUAAUGCAUUGUCAACAGCGUCAUCAUUGAGCUAUCAUCAUUUACUUUCAACAUCAAAUGGCAGCAAUAAUAAUAAUCAUAAUAGUAGUAACAGUACAUCAUCAGAAGAAAAUAUAACGCCCGUAAAUACUAUUCAUGAUAUUAAUAUUAAUAAUUCAUUUGAUACAAAUACAACAUAUUUAAAUAAUACAGAUUUUACAUUAUGUUUAUCAUCAAAUCCACAAACAACUCCAUUUGAUACUGUUAUAGCAACAUCGACAUCACCUUCACCAUUUAAUAAUGAUCCACUCGUUCGACAUUUUUUUAAUUAUCGACAAAAUGAUUCUAAUCUUAAUGGAAAUUAUUAUUCAAAUAUGUCUACUGGAUCAUUUGUCAAUGCAUUUGAUUAUUCAUACGCAAAUAUGACACCAACAGGUCUUGGAUCAGAUCCAUCUAUGCAUAAUCAUGCAUUUACAUCAACAUUAACAUCAAAUAAUUCUUCACAACAUCAUCCUCAUCAUCCACAUUCAUUUGUCAAUUCUUAUAUUACCUAUCCACAUCCUCAACAACAAAUAUUAAAACAACAAACUGAUUCAUUUUCAGUUCCAAUUCAACAACAACAACAACAACAUCAUCAGCAACAACAAAUAAAUCAACAACAAAAUAUAUAUCCAUGGAUGAGACGUAUUCAUAAUAGUUGUGAUCCACAUAUUGGUGAAACGAAACGAACACGAACAUCAUAUUCAAGAUAUCAAACACUUGAAUUAGAAAAAGAAUUUCAUUUUAAUCGAUAUUUAUCACGAAGAAGACGAAUUGAAAUAGCACAUAGUCUUGCUUUAACAGAACGACAAAUUAAAAUUUGGUUUCAAAAUCGUCGAAUGAAAUGGAAAAAAGACAAUAAAUUACAAAGUUUAAAUGACAUUAGUAAAAAUGAAGAUAAAGCUACGUCACUUAAUAUUAAACGAGAAAAACAAGAAACAUCAUCAUCAUCAACAACAACAACAACAACUAAUAAUCGUAUAAUUAAUACUGAACAUCGUCAAUCAACAUCAUCAUCAUCUACUCCAAAUAGUUUUAAUUAA